AUGGCGCCGACGCCUUCACCAGGCAAGCGACGGCGUCUCCACGAAGAAAUCUCUGGGGAUCGCUCGCAGCCGCAGGCUCAACGACGAGUCCUCUCCCAGGCGGUCAGGCUUUGGGUUCUCGCGGAUAAAUUGGAGACUAGCGAAAUUGAAACGGCUUAUAGGCUAGCGCAGGAACUGGGAGCGCUGCGCUCGAGUGAUAUCAAAUUCGCCAAUCUCGUCCUUACUGCGGUCAAGGCACCAAAGCGGGUAUGGCUGGCGCUCAGGAGGGAGGCGACGGGCAGUAAUCUGAGCGAUGAAUGGUUGCGCAGCCUCAACGUCCUGCACGUCGACUGGCUAGCGGAUACAGAGAAGAAGGGCAUCAUGCAAGCCUACGAUGCCUACCGCAUCGUGCUGCCCAGAGACACCGCUGAAUCUGCUCAAAAAGCAUCACCUUCCGCAUCGUCGUCGAGCAUCAAGAAGGAAGUCGCCUCGCCGUCGUGCAUCAAGAAGGAAAGCCCCUCAUUGUCGUCCCCACCGUCGUCCACUCCUGUGAUCCCCACAUCACCUCCGCCCCCGGCAUGGACGAAUUCAGAAUACUCAUGCCAACGUCCUUCACCGCUGCGCUCCGCUCACAAUCAGCCGCUGGUCGAUGAGCUCGAGGUCAUCCGAAAACAGCGCGACCUCACUUCGCAGAGGUGGUCAGAACGCUCCUACUCGAUGUGCUUGAGCGCCAUUAAGGCCUACCCUCGCAAGGUCUGCUCGCAGAGCCUCAAGGAAGUCAAGAGCUUGAAGGGCGUGGGGCCAAAGAUGAUCGUGAGCAUCGCGAGACCAGCGGAGAGCUGUCAAUUCUGCUCGUCUGGUCAGAUUGUCGAGGCCCAGCAGAUCCUGUCCGAUCCGGCCAACCCGAUUAUGUUCUCCUUCAUGGAGCUCUACGGCGUUGGACCGGUCGCAGCGCGAGAGCUGUACGAGGAUGGAUGUCGCUCAAAUGCGGACGUCGUUGCGAGGGGCAAGUCGCUCGCCACUCACCUGGACGUGGCCGACUGCCUAGGGAUCUUACCCGACCUGAAGUUGCCAAUCCCAAGAGCGGAGGUGGAGGAGAUUGCGAGCUUGCUCUACGAGGAGGCCAGAGUCGUACUCCCCGGGUGUCGGUACACCAUCUGCGGCGGAUACAGGAGGGGAAAGCCAAGAAGUAACGACGUGGACGUGGUCAUUUCGCACGAGGGAAACGGAGCGAGGAUCCACGACAUACUGGACCGGCUGAAGCGCAAGGGCAUCAUGUCGUACAACGUCAACGUGCUCACGCACAGCGAUGAGGCUCGGCUGGACGCGGCGCUCCACCUCAAUGUGGCGGAGAUCGUGGUGCUGCCCCCUCGCUCAGUGAUCGUACCGCAUCCAAAGCAUCGACGGGUGGACUUGGUGAUGUGCCCGCCGCAGAUCUAUGGAGCAGCCGUGAUUGGGUGGACGGGGGCGAAGACCUUUGAGAAGGACAUUCGACGGUGGGCGAAGCUGAAGGGGUACAAAUUCCACUCGACAGGGUUGAGAGUGAGGGAAACGGGCGAGUUGGUCGAGACACCUACCGAGGAGGACGUGUUCAGAUUGCUCGGAUUGAGGUGGAUGCCACCGGAGUGGCGCAACACGGAUGCGUAGGCGCGUGGUAGCAAGGAAGGCGGCGCGAAGGACAUUUGAGCGCGGCGGAUCGUCAAGCUGUGUAUUUCAUAUCAUCUAUACCCAUUCCAAUCAUCAUCGAGAGCAUGCUUGCUCACUCGUUCGCAUUACGCCCACGUCUGCUUAUCGCCGUACAGUCCUGACCCCACGCUCCUCUUGUUCUUGUGACCGGCCCCCUGCACAACUGGAUGAUCAUGCUUCCUACGGUCUUGCAACUUUUUCAUCGUCGAAUUGCUAAAGCCGAGAUGACCCUGCACGACGCUAGGCGGCAUGACAGAGAGCCACUGGCUCAGUGAGAUGUCCGAAUAGAUGGGGGACUUGAAGAGCUCGAGGUACUUGACUGGCUCGCUACCGAGGGCCUCGA